AUGUGGAGGGAAGCAAUUAACAAAGAGGAAUUAGAUGAAUUUCAACUUGAGAUAAAAAAAGAAUUUUUAAAGGCAGAUGAACAUGUUCACACGCAAUCAACAAUUUUACAAGAUGCCGAAGACAUUUCACAAAUUUUCAAAAUUUUUGAAGAACAUAAACCAAAUAUCAGUAAUGAUUCUAUGGAUUCUGAAGAACAUAAGCUAAUUAUCAACAAAGAUUUUAAAGAUUCUGAAGAACAUAAACUUAUUAUUAAUAAAGAUUUUGAAGAUUCUGAAA